AUGUAUUGUCUGGUCUCUAAACUGAAAGAGAUUAAGCACAAAUUAUUAGAUUGGAACAAAAAGAAAUUUAAAAACAUCUUUGAGGAAAAGUCAAGAAUUGAGAAAGGGCUGGAGACAAUAAACACUGAUGUGAUGCAAAACAGGAUGACCUCUGAAACAUACGAGGCUGAGAAAAUGCUUUUAUUUGAAUAUGAAGGCAUUAUGGCCAGAGAAGAGAUAUACUGGAAACAUAAAUCUCUAGAGACAUGGUUAGAAGAUGGUGAUAGAAACACCAAUUUUUUUCACAACAGUGUCGAAAUGAAAAGGGUAGCAAAUAAGAUUACUCAAAUCACCAAUGACAGUGAUCAGAUCAUAACGGAUCAAGAUCUGAUAGCAAAAGAUGCAAUCAAGUAUUUUGAAAAUAUCCUCAACAAUUGGGAACACUCAGACCUCCCUAACAAUAGAAUCUUAUUAAAUAACAUGCCCAAACUGAUAACAGAGGGUGAUAAUAAAAUGUUAAACUCUAAAAUCACCCAUGAAGAAGUUAAAACGGCUUUGGCACAAUUUCAGGGAGAUAAAGCCCUUGGACCGAAUGGCUUCCCUGCUAGGUUUUUUCAGAAAUACUGGCACAUCUUAGGGGACGAGGUUACUAAUGCCUUGGAAUCCGUCACAAUGUAG